CCAGGCCCGCGGGCGGCGGCGGCGGCGGCGGCGGCGGAGCUGGGCAGGUGGAUGCGGCUGGAAGAUGGCGCCCUCGGGCCCGGGCAGCGUCAGGCGGCGGUGCCGGCGGGUGCUGUACUGGAUCCCCGUGGUGUUCAUCAGCCUCCUGCUCUGCUGGUCCUACUACGCCUACGCCAUCCAGCUGUGCAUAGUGUCCAUGGAAAAUAUUGGAGAACAAGUUGUGUGCCUGAUUGCUUAUCAUCUACUUUUUGCAAUGUUUGUCUGGUCGUAUUGGAAAACUAUCUUUACAUUACCAAUGAAUCCUUCAAAAGAAUUCCAUCUCUCUUAUGCAGAAAAAGAAUUGCUAGAGAGAGAGCCAAGAGGAGAAGCCCAUCAGGAAGUUCUUAGGCGAGCAGCCAGAGACCUUCCCAUCUACACCAGGACCAUGUCUGGAGCAAUCCGCUAUUGUGACAGAUGCCAACUUAUAAAACCAGAUCGCUGCCAUCACUGUUCCGUCUGUGAUAAAUGUAUUUUGAAGAUGGAUCAUCAUUGCCCAUGGGUGAACAAUUGUGUUGGAUUUUCAAAUUAUAAAUUUUUCCUCCUUUUCUUGGCUUAUUCUCUGCUGUACUGCCUUUUUAUUGCUGCUACAGAUUUACAGUAUUUUAUCAAAUUUUGGACCAAUGGCCUACCUGAUACUCAAGCCAAGUUCCAUAUUAUGUUUUUAUUCUUUGCUGCAGCUAUGUUUUCUGUCAGCUUGUCUUCUCUGUUUGGCUAUCAUUGUUGGCUAGUCAGCAAAAAUAAAUCUACAUUAGAGGCAUUUAGAAGUCCAAUAUUUCGACAUGGAACAGAUAAGAAUGGAUUCAGCUUGGGUUUCAGUAAAAAUAUGCGACAGGUUUUUGGUGAUGAGAAGAGGUACUGGUUGCUACCCAUUUUUUCAAGUCUAGGUGAUGGCUGCUCCUUUCCAACUUGCCUUGUUAACCAGGACCCUGAACAGCCCUCUACUCCUGCAGGAUUGAAUUCAUCAUCUAAAAAUCCUGAAAACCAUCAAUUUCCUGCAAAGCCAUUGAGAGAGUCCCAGAGCCACCUUCUUACUGAUUCUCAAUCUUGGACAGAGAACAGCACAAACCUAGGAAAAGGUAAAGCUGGUAUGAGCAAUCCUGCACUGACCAUGGAGAAUGAGAAUUAACUCUUCUAACAAAAUUUACUCAUACUUUACGGAAGUAAUCAGUGCUGUCGAUGGAUGGAAGAGGCUUCCCGCAGGAAGGCACCACUAGCCAGCUGUUCCCAUCCCCUGUGGCUGGAUAUGCAGAAUGUGAAUUGACCAUUUCUCUCCGAGCUGUUGCUUAAAACAUAAUACAUUUUUACUCCAGUAUAUAGAUUGUUUCAACUAACACAAAUUCCUCUUAAACAUUAAAAGUAGUUAUGGUUUAUGAAUCAAGGACAAAAAUACCUUCUAUCAUAAAAACUUGGAAUAAAUUCAUGGGCCAGUUUUCACCCAGAUAUUUGGGGAGCACAACUUACCACAUAAAAAACCCACUGAUCCUCUGAUUUUCUGAUUCAGAAAAUUGAGACUAUUAAGAUAUUGAGAUUUAAAAGAUUUCACGUAACAUUAUAAUGAUAAGCUUUAUUCGUAAAACCUGUUACCUAUGAGAAGGUGGAGGUAGCAGACGAGACUUGUUUACUCCCUCCGAUGUGAUUCUAGCCUUAGACUGCGUGAACUGUAAAAACCAUGAAUUCAUUACAAAUUUCAAGUGGCCUGCAGUUGAAGAUGACCAUCCAUUUUUUUUUGCCAGACUUUAAUUCUAGCCUUUGUUCCCUGCUGGAAAAGAAGUAUGAUCAUUGAAGCUUGAGCUCAACUGGCUGGAAAAUAUUUGUCAGAAUUAAUACAUUUCUAUUACAUUAGAAAUAUAUUUUUCGUCUCUUUUACUUAUCUGAAAAUGGGGGAAGUCUAUAAUAACAAUUAUGAAGAUUGGUUUAUGAUAUUCUUUUGCUGGUUUAGCUUUUAAAAGUCUCUUUUUAGGUUAUUUCUCCUAUUGAACAUAGCAAACAUAUUGAAUUUUUGUUAAGAAUUCCUGAUGGGCCAAUGGAUUAAUCCUUCAUUGACAUCUAUAUUAUUUCUUUUUCCUCUCAUCAGAAGUAUGACAGUUAAACUACAUAGGUCCUCAAAUACCUAUUAAGAUUAAAUUAUGCAAAUCAUCAAACAAAAGUCAUAUCCUUUUGGAAAUUUAGUCCAACAUGAACUGAAUGGUGUGCUGUUUGGAAACUGAGUUUAAGAUAAACUACAGUGGUGUGUUUGUUGAUGCCAAAAUGUUCGGCUUCAGUAAAUAUACUGAGAAGCUCUUGUGCCUUCUAUGCACUAUUAAAAAGUCUUACUCUUUUUUAAUUUGAUGGAGUGCAAGUUUUGUAAAUGUUAGCAAUUAGAAUACGCUGUAUACAUUUUUUUGGUACUGAUUUUGAGAAUUUAAAGCAGACUACCCUUUAAGACUACACAGCUAAGGAACUGGUAUUUAAACAAAGAGAAAAUGGUAUUAGAGUUUUCAAAAUCUGAAUUAGAGAAAUUCAGCACAAAGUAGACUAGAAUUCCAGAGGAUAAUGGAGUAACAGAUCCUUGCAGUUACUCAUCCUUGCUAAAAAUGUGAAGUUUUAUAUUAAAUGACUUUAUGAAAGAACCAGUGUCAGCCCAGUCCAUUUUAUAAAUCAUUUGAGUGCAAUUCUUUGAGCAACAGGAUGGUGGUCUUUUUCAGAUUUUUUUUAAAGCUAAAGAUUUUGAUCUGACAAUCUACUUCAAGAAAACUCAGAAGAUAUGAUACAUUCUUACUUUUAUCUUAAAGCAUUGUUAGGUCAUCAUUUUCAUUACCUGAAGUGCCAGGUUGGAACCUAUAGCUACUGUUAGAAGUCUUAAGGGCAGGAGCAUCACAUAAUGUAUUAAGAAUUAUGUGCAGCCAGAUGUUUUUCAAAGCACAGUACUAGAGCUGUUUUCACAGACAGGAUUCUGUUGGGUGUCCCCUCCUGUCAAACUAGAAAUUAGGGGAAAAAGAGGGAUUUUUAUUCUUUACCUUGCUAGAGUACUGUUAAUUUCCCCCCCUCCCUUUAGCUCUUUCAUGUAAUUAUUCAAAUACAUAAGUCAAUACACAUUAGAAUCAGAUGAAAACAUUUUUUAAAAUAAAGUUUUUUUCAUUAA